UAGCUGCGAUGGGGAAACCAAGGGUGGCUUAAGGUUGCCCGCCCACUGAUUUGUGGCUGAGGGCACAUUGGCUUCACGUGGCUGCGCGGCAGAAACUCUGCGGCAUAGGAGGGAAUUCCGGACAGGCUGUCUCUAGUUGGGUGUUAGGAGGAUAUAAACAAGGGUUUCGAUUGCUGCUUUGCAGGGUCUGUUCUCAAGAACAGUUGCGCAAAAUGCUGCCGGAUGCUGGGACAUAUCACUUUCCUUGGGAAAUCAACUCUGCAUUGAUCCCAGAAGGGAAGACCCUGAGAACCUUUGGCAGGCUACACUCCUAUGAUGUGGUCAGCUCCCAAGCCAUCUUAACAGCUCAGCACACUUCAGUUCAGUACUGUAUCCAAGUUUGUACCAAGUUUGUGGAACCAUUCCAAGCCCAGCUUGGGGCUCUGUAUAUUGUACUGGGGGAAACCGAACAUAAAGAGGGUAAUGAGAUGGUGAUAAAGGCCCGUGUGCUUACAUGUGUAGAAGGAAUAAACCUUCAGUUGCUGGAGAAGGCCAUAACGGAACAGAGAAAAUAUUUCCAGGAGAGAGAGAAGCAGCUGGAAGGAAAUGCCUCCUAGUGCUCUCUGCAUUAGGAGAGGACUUAUUACUGAACAUAAUUAGUGCUAUACUGAAUAGGGCCAGCUUAUCAUUUUCCUUCACUCUAGUACCAUUUUGUAAUGCUGUCUUAAAAUUGUACUGCCUGCUAUUGCCUUAAGAUGACCCCCCCCCAAAAAAAAUAUUUUUAAUGUUCAGAGGGAGAAAGUAUGCCCCUGGUGUUCUAGAACUGCUUCACAUAUUACACUAGGAUAUGCAGAAGUUGCCACAGUGUUUUGAAAGCCAUUUAAACAAUGCAAAAUGCAAAGGGUUAAUACAUGCAUACUAGUUUGGAAGCAGUUUAUUACGACUGUAUUUUGAAAUAAUGAAAACAGCCAUUAAGUUUACAGCAGCUGGAUUUUAAAUACUCUUUGGUUUUUUGUUUAAUAAUAAAAUUUAAAGUUGAUAGUGUUUAAA